AUGUCUCUCACAAACGCUACUCCACAAGAAGUUGCCCGCGCGGCGCGGAUGGGGUCUCGAAAACUCGCGAUCCUCUCCACUGACGCCCGCAAUGCCGCCCUAACAGCGAUGCAUGCGGGUUUGUCCUCCGCAAAAGAUGCUAUUCUGGCCGCAAACAAGUUGGACCUAGAAGCCGCCAACAAAGCCGCAGAGAAUGGAAAGCUAAGUCAAAGCCUUGUCAAGCGGCUAGAUCUAGGCAAGCCCAGUAAAUAUGAGGACAUGCUGCAGGGUAUCCUCGAUGUGCGAGAGCUGGAGGAUCCGAUCGGCAAGAUCAACUUACGGACAAUCCUCGACGAUGGCCUCAUCCUAGAGCGGAAGACAUGUCCAAUUGGUGUCCUUUUAAUCAUCUUCGAGGCUCGUCCAGAGGUUAUUGCGAAUAUCGCAUCACUAGCGAUCAAAUCUGGGAAUGCUGCGAUUCUAAAAGGCGGCAAAGAAUCCACCGAGUCCUUCAAAGCCAUCUCAUCCGUUAUCUCCAGCGCGCUAGAAUCAACCGACGUCCCUUCCGACUGCCUUCAACUCGUGCAGACCCACGAUGUCAUCAGCGAUCUCCUCAAAUUAGACCAGUAUAUUGACCUGGUUAUCCCCCGCGGCGGCAACAAGCUCGUCCGCACCGUCAAGGACAGCACCGCCAUCCCCGUCCUCGGCCACGCCGAUGGCAUCUGCAGCAUCUACCUCCGCGCCGACUGCCCCAUCCCCAUCGCCGUUCGCGUCAUCGUCGACGCCAAAACCAGCUACCCUGCCGGCUGCAACGCCGUGGAAACCCUCCUCGUCGACGAGAACGCGCUGCAGACCGUUCUCCCGGCCGUAGCAGAAGCUCUCCUAGUCCGCGGCGUCUCACUACGGUGUGACGCCGCAUCCAAGGCCGCUCUCUCGUCCGCUCUGGAGAAGCACUCCGCCGUCCUACUCCAAGAUGCCACCGAAGCGGACUUUAGUACCGAGUUCCUCAACCUCAUCAUCGCUAUCAAGACUAUCCCGACCCAACCAACCCCUGAAACAGCCGCCGACAUCGCUAUUUCCCACAUCAACGACCACUCUUCCCACCACACCGACGCCAUCCUGACGCUCGACCGCGCACUCGCUACCCGCUUUCAGGACGGGGUGGACAGCUCGUCUGUGUACUGGAACACCAGCACUCGCAUGGCAGACGGGCAGCGCUACGGCUUCGGGACGGAAGUCGGCAUCAGCACGAACAAGAUCCACUCACGGGGUCCGGUGGGGCUGGAGGGGCUGACGAUUUACCGGUGGCUGAUUCAUGGGGAGGGGCAGGUGAGCACGGAUUAUGGGGCGGGCGGGGGAAAGAAAUUCAGGCAUGAGAGCGUGCCGGUGGAGGAGGGGAUGGUGCGAAAUGCGGAGGAGUUGGAGCUGUUGAGGAAGUUUAGGAAUCGGUAG